AUGAUUAAGAUCGCCCAAAUAAACCUUGGUAGAGGGCAAGCUGCUUUACAAGAAAGUCUGCAAGCAGCUGAGCAGCAAGGUAUAUCAAUUUUAAUGGCCCAAGAACCCUACGUUGGCGCCAAGGCUCAUAUUACUUGCAAGUAUAGAGUAAUACAAAAAGACACUGGUAACAAAGAAAAACCAGUCAAGUCGGCUGUCAUUGUUGUUAAUCCGAACAUACAGUAUUGUGUUAACCAAAAAAUUAUAACAGAGAAUAUAGUUGCUUGUAGACUUUGUAUAAAUGAAUUUAGUAUAGGUGUAAUUAAUGUAUAUCUCGAAGAAGGUGCUGAUAUUGAAGACGAUCUCUGCAACAUAACAAGAUUCAUAGAAAAUCUCGACACCGAGCAUGUUAUUCUUGAAGGAGAUUUCAAUGCCAAAAGUCCCUGGAGGGGGUGCGAUGCGGGGGACAGGCGGGGUGUAGUUAUAGCUGAGACUUUAGCACAAUUAGACCUACAAAUAUUGAAUGAAGGGCAAACACCAACCUUUCACGUAUGGAGAGGAGCCCGAGAAUACUCCAGCAUUAUUGAUAUCACUACAUGCACGACAGCUCUUCUGAACAGAAUAACUGAUUGGAAAGUGGAUCCCAACUUGAUUACACUCUCAGAUCACCGAGCGAUCACCUUCAACUUAAAUAUAAAAAAUUCAAAUAAAACGACACAUCAGAGAAUUUCAACACGUAUUUAUAAUACAAGUAAAGCAGACUGGGAAACAUUCACAAAACGACUUAGAGAAGAACUAAACAAUUCCAAGGUCACGCAUGACUUCAUUGAUUCCAUCGAUACCCCACAAUUACUAGAAAAAUGCAUCCAAAGUUAUAUCACAAGUAUUCUUAGUUCUUGCGAAGACACUAUACCCGUACUAUUGAGGAAAAUACCAAAAAAGACACAAUGGUGGAAUAAAGAACUGCAAGAGAAAAAGAGGGAAGUAAUAAAGAAAAGGAGGAAAAUAAAAUAUGCCAACGAAAGACGAAAACCUUUUGUAAUAGAAGAUUAUAUACAAGCUAAAGCCGAUUACAAAAAUCUUAUAAUGGCAGCAAUGACCACAAGUUGGAAACAGUUCUGUACCAGGCAAGAUAAGGAAAACAUAUGGCAGAGUAUAUAUAGAAUCAUUCGCAAAAACACUACAACAAAAGAAGACACAUUACUAAAAUCUUCUGCUGAAACUAACACUUUAUCUCCAGAGCAAUCCGCCAGACUCUUAGCAAACACUUUCUACCCAACAGACGACAAUUCAACUGACGAUGUAGAUCACAUAAAAAUAAGGGAAAAAGCUACAAAAAUACGAGAAAAUCUUAAUGACAGUAAAAUACAUAUCCACGCUGUACCGUUUACUGCUACAGAGGUCGAAACUGUUUUUAACAACAUGAGUCCCAAAAAAUCACCUGGAGGAGACGGACUUACUUCUGAUAUUUGUUAUAAGUCCUACUUAGCAGAACCAGAAACCUUACUUAAAAUAUUUAAUAAAUGUUUAUCUCUAGGAUAUUUUCCACAAGAAUGGAAGAAUGCAGUCAUACGAGUUAUUCCCAAGCCAAAUAAAGAGGAUUAUACAAUCGCGAAAGCGUACCGCCCAAUAGGCCUACUACCUAUACUGGGAAAGGUACUAGAGAAGUUAUUUGUCACCAGACUUACAUGGCAGCUCGGACAUGAGAAUAAAUUAAGCGGUCGGCAAUACGGCUUCCUCCCUCAGAGAGGAACCGAGGAUGCAUUAUAUGACGCCCUAGAGAUAGUGAAGGAGAGCCUGAGAAACAAAGAAAUAGCAGUUAUUGUUUCAUUAGAUAUUGAAGGGGCUUUUGAUAAUGCGUGGUGGCCUGCUGUGAUCACAGAAUUACAAAAGAGAGACGCGGAUCCAGCGGUCUUGAGACUGAUCAUGAGCUAUCUCUCGGAAAGGUCAAUAACACUUAGAUAUGCCAACGCAGAGGUCACCAAAAACACAAAUAAAGGCUGUAUACAGGGCUCUAUUUGUGGACCUCUAAUGUGGAAUGUUCUUUUGGAUUCCUUACUACAAGAAACCGAAAAAUGGAAUGUGCAUGUGCAGGCGUACGCCGACGACAUUAUAGUGAUAGGUUCAGGCAAAGAUGCAAAACAAAUAGAGGAGAAAAUUAACUUGGCCCUAGAACACAUCUCAAAUUGGGGGAUAUCAAGAAAGAUGAAUUUCGCUGCACACAAAACACAAGCCAUCCUUAUUACUAAGAAGAUCAAGUAUGAGUUACCGAAUUUGAAGCUAAAUAACACCAAAAUCAAUUUUAGUGAAGACCUAAAAAUCCUCGGAUUAAUUGUGGAUAGGAAACUGAACUUUGUCAAACAUGUAGAUGACACAACGAAAAGAGCUAUAGCACUUUAUAAAAAAGUCUCCAGAACAGCGAGAGCUCAAUGGGGAUUAAACUCAGAAAUUUUGAGAACAAUUUACCUCGCUGUUGUAGAGCCAACAAUCUUAUAUGCAGCCGCUUGCUGGGGUUCAGUUGCAAAUAAAGUUCAGAUACGCAAAAAACUUGACAGAAUAACUAGAAUGUUUAGCAUCAUGAUCUGCAAAGCACAUCGUACAUCCUCAUUGAUCUCCAGCACAGCCUUAGCAAGAAUUAUACCUCUAGAUUUAAGAGCACAAGAACAAAAAGAGCUAUACCUUAUAAAAAGAGGUAAACCGCUAAUCCAUCUACCUGGCAGAAUGUUAGCAAAACCCAUAAGUCCAUUUACACUUCCACACCCUGCAGAACGCGUCCGAGAAUCAUAUGACCUAAUAUGCACCCAAGAAGAUGUUAACAUGAUACAAAACAACUGGCCUACAAUAUAUACAGACGGUAGCAGGAUUUCGGGAAUGGUUGGAGCUGCAGUAAGCUGCUGGAAGGAAGGAAAAGAGGUCUAUAAAACAAAGCUAAAAUUAAGCAAUUACUGCAGUGUUUAUCAGGCAGAACUUGCUGCCAUCCUCAAAGCACUAACUUUUGUAAAAAGCAAAAAUGAAUUUAAUAAAGCAAACAUAUUAAGCGACUCUCGAUCGGCUCUAGAAUGCCUUUCUAAUCCAAGCACUGUCCAUCCCAUAGCAGCAGAAAUUUUGACCAAAAUUAAUGAAAUUCGAAACAACCGGGGCGAUGUAAAACUGUAUUGGAUUAAGGCACAUUGUGGCAUCUUGGGAAAUGAAAGAGGAGAUGAAUUGGCUAAGUUAGCAGCAGAAACGUCCAAACAAGCACCAGUUUAUGAUUGCUUCCCGCUGUCCUACGCAAAGCGCCAACUCAGGGACAACACUAUAAAUACAUGGCAAGAACGAUAUACGAAGGCUGAAACAGGAGCUGUGACAAGAAGAUUUUUUCCAGAUGUAACAGAAUCAUAUAAAACAAUUGAAAAAAUUAAUGUUAAUAACUUAAUAUCACAAAUAUUGACAGGUCAUGGAGGUUUUAAAGCCUACCUAUUUAGAUUCAAAUUGGCGGAAAGCCCCUACUGCAGUUGUGAUAACCAAACUUCACAAACAAUCGAACAUAUUCUUAUAGACUGUCCUAAAUUUCAAUUAGCAAGACUGGAAUGUGAACUGCGUAUGGGCUUUGUGCUACAAGAAGAAACUCUAAACAGAGCUAUUAACAACAAUGACAGCCGAACUCACUUUCUUAAAUUCGCAAUAAGUAGUGUAGAAAAAAUUGUUAAAGAAAAUAAGACAUAA